ACUGUCGGUGUAUGACACUGACAGACAACUGUGAACUUUGUAAAGUGGUGUUAAAAAUAAAUUGAUUACAGUAGGUCGUUAUUCGCGAAAUAACAAAAUAAAUAGUUGUAUAAAAGUAUUCUGUAGGACGUCAUUUAUCUUAGAAUUUACUGUAGUGUUGUCCAAAAGUUACAAUUUUAAAUUAAGUUUAAUUAUGGAAGAAGUGGAUUCAAUUAUUUUACAUUUUCUUCGCCAACUGAAUAUAAACAUUGAUGAUGAGACUAAGAACAUUACUGAACUGCCAGUCCACAUAAUAAUAGAGGCUGCAUCAACUUGCCUCAGUACCAUAAACCCGUCUGUAAAAGUGACUAAAAACUUACCAUCUGGGAUAUCUCAAAGAAUAGAAGUUGCUUCUCAAAUAGCUUCUAUUUGUAAGGAUUUGGGUUAUAAGAAUGAUGUUGGUUAUCAGACUUUUUUAUAUCACAACGAGUGCGAGUUGAGACAAGUGUUUAUGUUUUUAAUAGAAAGAUUACCAAAUGAAGGUAAACAGUUAAAUACAACCCUACCAUUAGCUAACCAAAAAUCUGCACUGAAGCAAGAUAUCAGUAACAAAAUUGGUGAAGAAUUGAAAUCUAUGUGGAUACCUCCUUGUUGUAAGCCCAAUACAACAAAUAUUGGGGACUAUUGCUAUUCAGACAAGACUCCAACAUCUAGUGUGACAUGUCUAACUGAUGAACAAAUAAUAGAAAAGCUGCUAAAGAUAAAAGAAAUAAGCCAGACAAAUAUAAUACAGCCAGCAGCCACAGAGCCUGCACAAAAUAUUGAGCAGGAAGUUGUUGUUCACAAGCCUGAGACAAGGCCAGAAAAUAAGAAGAGUCUUAAAGAGUUAAAAGAACUAGCUAUUGUUUUGAGACAGAAGUUGGACUCACUUGAGAGUGAAAAGAAUGUCAUGGAAGUUGAAUUUUCACAGGUGCAAAAAUCUUGUGAAAGAGCUGAUGCAGAUCUCAAAAAUGUACAAAAUAUUCUAAGCAGCAUUGGAAUAACUGAUAUUGAGGCAGACAAUGUAUCAGACGGACUGAUAGAGAGAGUUCAGAGAAAUAUCAGCUCUUUGCACAGACAGAGUGAAGAAUUAACUUCAAGGAACUUGUCCCUUAUGGUUGAAAUUGAUAAAAUAGCAAGUACUAUGGAUUUAUUAGAGCCUGAAAGAAGCAGAUGUAGAAAGAUAUUAGGCAAUCUAAAGGAGAAUGCUAAAGCUUUAAAAGAUGAAUAUGAAAAGAAAGAAGUAUUGGCCAACCAAUUAAAGGAGAAUUAUGGAAAACUGAGAGGUGGAAACAAAAGAUCAAUUUACACAAAACGUAUAUUAGAGAUAAUUAGUAAUGUGGAUAAACAAAAUAUGGAGAUAAAGAAGAUCUUGGAUGACACCAGACAGUUACAGAAAGAGAUUAACACACUGGAAGGUCAACUUGAUAGAUGUUUCUCUAUUGCUGAUGAAACUCUUUUCAGAGAUGCCAAAAAAGAUGACCAAGCCAAGAAAGCAUAUAAAUUACUAGCUCUUCUACAUUCCGAGUGCAACACUAUAGUUUCCCUUGUCAAUGACACAGGAACAUUAGCUAGAGAUAUUGUUGACUUGGAAGAAAACAUUAAGACUGAAACAGCAAAAAGGACUGAGGACACUCUUCGAAAAAUACAAGCUGAUCUCACUAAAAUACAGGAGGAAAAUUAAAAAUAUAUAUCCUUUAUAACUAAGCUUAUCUCAUUUCUUUAUUAUAUUUAUCCAUGUAUGACAGUGUAUUAAAAUGUAUGAGUCUUUAUUUACUCUGUACCAUAUUAAAGUAACUUAAAGUUUC